AUGGACUUGAAAAGGGAGUUAAAGAACAAGAAUGACAAGAUAAACGCGGUAAGAAACGGCCAAAUAAUCGACUAUAGCUCGCUGGAUCAGGUUUAUGUUGGUAAGAAUCAUCUUUUCUUAUUCCACUUCGAAGUUUUGCCCUAUUUUUAUAACCUUUACCACUUGUUGUCAAAUUACUGUAACGCUUUUUUACAAACUUCAAGUGCCAUUAUAAUGGAAUAUGAUUUUUUUAGGAACUAUUUCGCUUGGAACCCCACUACAAGACAUAAAUGUUGCGUUUGAUACAGAAUCCGGGAUCUUAUGGGUACCUGAUAAUAACUGCCCUUGUGCGGAAGAAUGCUCUAUUGGUAAGAAUGUUGAGCGUUUUGUUCUUUAAUCUUCGCUAAUUUAAUACUGAAGUUACCAAUCACAACUAUGUAGCACCAAAGUUUUGUUUAAUUUCAGAAGCCUUAUGCUACGAUUUAUGCAGCCCCCAUUGUUGUAGCCAAAAAGACAAUACCACUACGUUGCUAGAAGACCUUGCAUCAGAACUGAAUGCAGUUUGUACCAACAAGAAUGUCUACAACCCAAAAACGUCGUCCUCUUACAUUAGUCGACGCAAGCAAUUGGAUCAAUCCUUUCUCGAAGACAACAUUACUGUAAACUUGGCUUACGAAACCGUUCGACUUGGCCCACAUCAUACCGGCGCUUUUACCACCAAAUUCUUGGCUUUCGGUCAUGUUUCGGAUUUGCCUGAACCUUACGAUAACGCCGCUUUCGACGGAGUUUUUGGUAUUGGUCGAGCGGGACCGAACGGCGAGAAAGCACCAAUCAAGCAGCUAGCUGAAAAACGUGUGAUUUCUAGCGCUGUUGUCACCAUUUCAUUAUCUGAUACUGAAGAUGAAGCUAGCUUUUACGAUGGCGUUCUAUCCAUUGGUCAGGUCGACCAAAGCUUGUGCUCUUUUGGCAGUAAAAACUUUGUUCCAGUAGCGUCGUCUGACAGGUGGAAUUUCCGUGUGUUUACGGCUGUUUUGAAUAGCACCAAGUUUAGCGACCUGACUUGGACCGUAAGUUUCACGUUUCUGACCAAGGCAGAGAAGCGAGGACGAUAAGACAAGCAGAAAGCCCAAAAAAUAGUUAAAAAAUAUUAUUUUAGGCUCGAGUUGAUCCAUCUACGCCCUACAUUCACAUUCCGAAGAAAAUAUUUGACAAACUGAGACCAGAAUUCACUUAUGUCGCGGAAAAUGACCGCUACACCGUAGAACGCUCUACCGGCUUAAAAAUGUUUGGAGAGUUCAGAAUCUCGAUUGGAAACACGACUCCACUAAUUUCGUCCAAAAAGGUACUAAUUGGCGCUGGAUCUGAGUUAGAAGUUCUGGUUCGACCUUCAGUCGAUGGCGACGAUAGCUGGGUGUUGGGAAGACCGUUCUUAAGAGGAAGAUGUGCCGCACUUGACUAUGAUGGAAGAAUUGGUCUUGCGGUGUUAGAUUCUUCUACGUAA